CAAAUCAAUCUACAGCUGCAGCCUCUCAGGACCUCGACACUAUAAAGACUCUCCUGUCGGCGCUAUCCACCUCCGGACUCGAUGAAAAACACCGUGUUUGGAUAAUCUUGAGUCUCUUGAAGCAUGGCUGCCACUGAAGACGCGGCAAAUGUUUUGGAGCAGUUCAUACACGAUGUUGCAAAUUUGCCGGCAGAGAUUGCGCAUUUGUAUGAAGAAGCUCAAGCUAAACAAGAAAGCAUCAAUGAAUGUUAUGCAAUUAUCAACUCGAGGGAUAGCAACAUUCAAAAAUUUAUUAAGCAAAAUGGUAGUUUAGUCGAGAACCCAAAAGAAGAAGAGUACAGCAAUGCUGUUAGAAAGAAUUUCUUGAAAGCACAAGAACUUCAAGAGGAAAAACUGGCUCUACUUCAAAAGUCAUGUGUACUGAUGGAUCGUUACGUCAAAAGGCUAGAUAUAAAACUAAGAGACUUGCAAACCGAUGGCAUUAUGCCUAUCGAUCCGUCCAUGCCGAGCUUGCUUCGCGAUUCACCUGGCAAUCUCGUCCCUCCGUCGUCGUCUGCUAACACAGGUACAAACACGCCUCUGCAGCCACUGUCGCUGAACACAGCAGGUGGUCAGACCAACGUCGCACAGGCUGCAAUCAACCAGGUCACUAGAGCCAUUUCUGGUGCCAGCACAAAUAAUAGCAGCGGGGCUGUGGUGCAACCACAUCCGCUCCUUAAUCGCUCACAUCUGGCCAGCGCUCAAGCUGCUGCCACCAUACAGUUAAAUCGAUCUCAGCGUGAGACGUCGGCCAGUUCCGAGCGAAAGCGCCCUCGGCCUGAGGGCAGCCUAGGUCCUCUACCUGCCAGACCUUCCACCCUCGCAAGACAAUCCUCACUGGGUCCAAGCACGCCCAAGGCAGGCACCCCAGGAGGUAGUCGUGCGGGCAGCGUGGGCCCACGGCCAGCGAAGAGGCCACUCGCCGGUAAGAGGCCUGACAUGAAACCGAACAAAAAGAAAACAAACAAGCAUGGCCUGUCGAAAAAGGUGAACAGACGGCUCAACAAUGUUUCCCGAGCGUCACCGUCUACGACGGGAGAGGAUAGUGUAGCGAGCGAGGAUGGCUCAGAGAUUGAAAAUGAGCCAGAUCACGACGUCGAAAGUGCAGAUGCCGAUGAUGAUGGCGCAGAUGACACAAAAUACUGCUAUUGCCAAAAAGUCAGCUACGGCGAUAUGGUCGCAUGCGAUAACGCAGACUGCAAGAACCAGUGGUUCCACUGGGAGUGCGCGGGACUCGAUGCAGAGCCGGUGGGGGACUGGCUGUGUCGAGACUGCGCUAAGCUACCGAAGAGCAAGAUCAGAAAGGCAUAGGGCCGAUGUUACAGAAUCAAUCUGCGAUAAAUGGGUCUCUAUUUUGAGUGUAAUAUACAUACAAAUGUUCAGAGCUCCGAAGCACUUGUGCAGCCAGAACAGUCUGUUUCCACUCUGGAUGUUUUGCGUGGUGGAAUAUGGGCGACAAUACCGAGAUUGAAGUGUGAUGGUUAUUUUUUAUUGUUGUUGCGACGGCUCACACUCGCUCGAAGGCCUGAAAGCGUGGUUAUGAAGUCAGUAAUAGGCCGAAGGCGUGAUAAGGUUCAGCAUGGCCUAUGAAGAGUGGAAUCGUUGCCCCGAGUCAUGGGAGAUGAACCUGGUCAAUCCACCAGAUUAGAAUAGAUCCUUGCUUUUAUGCGAA